AUGUUUUGGCAAAAAUUAGUGAUUGUAUUGCUAAUAUUUUUUUCUAUUCUUCUUUAUCGUACGUAUGUGGUAUUUAAACCCGAUAAAGAUAUAUUUAAACCAUGUUCAUCAUCAAUUGAUAAUCAUUCUUUAAAUUUUGAUCAUCAACGUCUUAAAACUUUUCAAACAUUACUUCAAUUUCAAACAAUAUCCUACGAUGAACAUAACCAAAAUUUCGAUGAAAUAAAAAAAUGUCGAGAUUUUAUUCGAAAACAUUAUCAUGGUUUAACAAAAGAAUAUUCCAAAUUUGUUCAAGUACAUAGUAUUGCUGAAUAUUCAUUAUUAUAUUCUAUUCAAGGAAAGAAUUCAAAAUUAAAACCAUUUCUUUUAUCUGCUCACAUGGAUGUUGUACCAGCUGGAAAUUUAGAACAUUGGAAAUAUCCACCAUUUGAUGGUUAUUCAGAUGAAGAAUUUGUUUAUGCACGUGGUACACUGGAUGACAAAGGAAAUCUUUUUACUAUGAUGGAAGCUGUUAAGGAAUAUUUAAAUGUUUAUGGUCAACCAUCUCGAACAUUUUAUGUAGCUUUAACACAUAAUGAAGAAGUAAGUUUAUCAGGUGCUGCUGGUAUUGCUCAUUAUCUUUCUAAACAACCGUUUGGACAUAAUGGUCAAUUUGAAUUUAUACUGGAUGAAGGAACUAUUAUUCUAGAAGAUGCAUUUCCAACUCUUAAAAAUCCUCUUGCAAUGAUUGGAGUUGCUGAAAAAGGUUGCGUAACUAUUGAAUAUCGUAUUGAUAUUGCUCCAGGUCAUUCAAGUAUGCCAUCAGCACCAACGGCAAUUGGUAUAUUAGCUCGUGGUGUUGAUAAACUUGAAAGUACACCGCAACCAUCACAAUUUGGUCGUGGACCUGAAAUGGGUGUUUUCCUUGGUGUAACACCUUAUUUAUCGUUUCCAUUACGAUUAGCUAUGAGUAAUAUGUGGUUAUUUAGUCCUGUUAUUCAAUGGGUUCUAUCUCGUAAACCAGCAACAGAUGCUAUGCAACGUACAACAACAGCAGUAACACAUAUUUCUGGUGGAGAAAAAGAUAAUAUUUUACCAACAUCAGCUUCAGCGACUGUUAAUCAUCGUUUACAUCCAGCUGAUUCAUGUCAAAAAAUUCUUAAAUUUAAUCGCCAAAUAAUAAAUGAUGAUCGUCUUGUAGCUCAUGUCAAGCAAUGUGAUGAACCCUCACCAAUAUCACCACAUGGAAAAAAUAUUUAUCCAUAUCGUAUUCUUGAACAAACUAUACGUCAAACAUUUAUACAAGAUAGUGAGCCAAUUAUUGUUGUACCUGCUCUAAUGUUAGGUGGUACAGAUAGUAAAUCAUAUACAAAUUUAACAAAAAAUAUAUAUCGAUUUUCUCCAUUUAUCUAUCGUCAUGAGGAUUUAAGUCGUCUUCAUGGUGAUAAUGAACGUAUAAAACAUACUGAUAUGCAACGUGGAUUAAAUUUUUAUUUUCAUCUUAUUCUUAACAAUCAACUUGAACACAUACCUGAUACAACUUUAAGAUCAGAAAUUUAA